AGUAUAAUUAAAGAAUUAUUACUUUUUCCAUACAAACACACACUUGUAAAAUAUAAAAAAAUAUUAAAUUAAUAUCAGUUAAACCCAAAAGUUAAUUACCGAUUUACAAUUGGACGAGCAUAGCCGCUUUUCUUACGAAAAACUAUAAUAAACAAAAUAAAAUAUCGCAAAAGCUAUCUAACCAAUUGCAUACAAUAAUAUGUAUGAUCAUAUGGUAUAUACAAAUAUAUGAUUAAUUAUCAUAUAAACAAAUAUUACAAUUUAUCGAAAAUGAAAUGUGUUAAUGUAAAUAAUAUACAGUGUAUCACAUCGGUACUAUUCACUGAGAGUUGAAGAAUUUAUAGAUGAUAUCUACCUCACAACGUAAAAAAUGAUUGGCCCCAGUUCACAAAUAAGCAAGAUAUUAUUAACGCUCUUGUUUUUGUUAAUAAUGUUCUAUAUGUUUAUGGAUUUUGAGCUGUAUCUGCGUAUUCAUAAUUAUGCUAUUAACCGAAAUUAUCACAUCAACACCUCGACAACGUCGAUAUCGUCGAUGGAACCAUCCAAUUUGGCAUCCGCUUCGAGCAGUGGCCCGAAACCUCCCACCGUUGAAAAAGAACCGUCCUAUGAAGAUAAUACGUGGAUAUCAUGCAAUAUAAAUCCACUUUGUCAUAUUACGGUUAAGGCGAUACUGCUGGAUCAUACCAACCACUAUCUGUUCGCACCAUUGGCAACAAUCUUUGACAAUGUGGUUGGCAUCUCGCAAUCGACGUUCAUAACACCCAACAUGAUAUCAUUUUUUCAUGUUGUGGUCGCUUGCGUAUCGGGAAAACUUGUGGCCUCCGAUAGCCUGGGAUACAGGCGGCUUGGUGUACUGCUUUUUCAAAUUCGCACGUUCCUCGAUGAUUUGGAUGGCCAUGUUGCGCGUGUAAGGAAACAUAUACGUGGCGAGCGCUCGGAGAUUGGAACGUCUGGCUAUUAUGUUGACGGACUCUGCGAUGGACUUGGAUGCAUUGCGCUACUACUUGGCAUAUUCUUCUUUUUGAAAAGCAACCCACCUCGCCGAGGCUACUCGAUAAUUCCAAUGAGCGACUCGAAAGCGACUCCUGAGCCAACUAUUAUUCCUAAAAUUAAGGCAACUACACGCAAGGUUGCCAAAAAUGUUAUUAGCUUUACUGGCCAACUUUUACUAAGCUCUACGGCAUGGAAUCGUUAUAUCGCUGUCUAUCAGAAUAUGUUGGAACGCGAAGAUGUCAACAGCAGCCAGUACCAGUGUCAGAACUAUAUAUUUAAGUCCACAUUAUUUUUUUCUGUGGCUUGGAUGUGGCGCAUCGUCAACGUGCAUGCCCUGCUUCAUUGUGUUUUGCUUAGUAUCUUUUGUGACAAAUUGUGGGAUUUUCUACGAGCGAUACGUUACAGUGGAUAUAUAAUAUUACUAGUUGCCAUUUGCUUAACUGAAAUGCACAUCUUGGAGGCCCAAAACUAUAUAUUUAAUUCAUCAGCGUGCAGUAAUAUCUCACUGUGAUUUUAACUAUAUUACUGAAAAUACAAUAAUAUUUUUGUAGUCGAGAUCAACAAUGCCUUUUUAUACCCUGUACCCAUAAUUUUAAAUUGUGUUUGUGUGCAAAAUACAUAUACAUUGUGAUUGUGCAACUUAGGGUAAA